UUCUCCUUUACACCAACAGUGGACGUCCGUCCUUGCAGCAAGUCGGACGCGUUAGAAAUUCAUUGCCGUUUCGAUUGUUGCAGCGUUUUCUCUUUUUUUUCGUGAACCUUUUUCUUGAUGAAUAUUACUGCAGAACAGUCUCAGUUGCACAAUGUGAAUGUGUUUGUGUUGUUGUUGUUGUCGUUUGAGCUGCCCAUUUCCAGUCGAAAAAGUGACAGAUGGUGUGACGUGUGAAUUUGGUGGAUUUCGGGUCUCUUUAUCUCUCCAACUGUCGCGAUUCCAAUUAGGAAGAAGAACUUGUCAGUCGAAGAAAUAAAAAAUAGAAAAAGAAAUAAGGAAAAUGGCGUCAAUGGACGAUGUGGAACUGCGGGAGACGGUGGAAUCGAUUUUGGGUCAAGGCAUCCGGAUGCUGGACGUUGAGAAGAAGACGACGUUCAAAUCGGAGGAAGUGCUGCUGAUCAACGGCGUCGCCGUUCCGCUGGUGGGAGCCGACGGCGACAUCAUCCGCCAGGCGCUGCUGAGCGGCCAGGUGCCGCCGUCGGACGUUCUCAACUCGCUACUCAUCUCGGCCGGCAUCUGGCGCCACCCGGUCCGCCUCCAGACGGAAUUAACCGUCAAGCAGACGACGCUCAACCGCGACGCCAUCACCGUCUCACGCAACGGCCGCGUCGUCGACGAGCGGCUCAAGGAAACCAAAGAGGAGGAUCUACUCCGUAAAACGUCGACCGAAGUUUGGCGGGCCGUGGCCGGACCUGACUCGACGACGGACAAGCGCAACCUCUUCCAGCCGGACCCCAGGGCCUCGUCUAUUCCCCCGGAGCCGACGCCGCCGACGCCCAAAGAAGAAGAUGAAAAAUCAGCGGAGGAAAUUCCCAUCGUCCAAUUCCCAUCGGAUGUCGAUACGGCCGACGAGGAAACGACCAGCCCGUCUCCAACUCCUUCGAUUUUCGGAACCGUGGCUUCGGAGCUGACGCCCAAAGAUGGAUCUUCUCGCAAGUCUCUACCACAGACGCCCAAAUCGCCCGGUAGCAUGGGAAUCGAAGGGAGCAGUACCAGUAGCAGCAGUUCGGAAACGGUGGACGAUAGCGGCUCGGAGCCAGACAACUCUCUUGUGUUCCAGGACAAUAAUUUAGUGUCCGGGCCGCUGGAUGCGCUUCUGCAGCAUUUGGUGCCGACAGCCGAAUACUACCCUGACAGGACGUACAUCUUCGCCUUCUUACUCUCGUCCAGGCUAUACAUCAAACCGCACGCCCUCCUGGCUCAAGUUGUCCGGCUGUGCAUGCUCCAGCAGAACCUGGCCGACCAAAAACUCACCAAAGAAAAGUUGGGGCGGUUUUGUCCGCACAUGGUCCAACUGCUUUCCGAGUGGAUGGAAACAUUUCCGUACGACUUUCGCGAUGAGCGCGUCAUGCAGCACGUCCGCCAGCUGACGCAACGGUGCGUAGCCCUCGAUCCUUCGCUGCGGAGGGACGUCUCGCAAAUGCUGCACAAUCUCCUCCACCGGCUGACAGCCCUCGAGAAAUACGAAGAGUUUCUGGAGAAGAUCAACACAGAGGCCUCAGCUGCUCUCAUAGACACCCUGAAUGUGUGUGACGUGACUGAAGUGUGUUCCAGUCCGCUGACUUUGUCGCAGCAGCUGACGCACAUUGAGCUGGAAAGAUUAUCGUUCAUUGGACCCGAGGAAUUCGUCCAGGCUUUCGCCAAAGAGAAUCCCAACGUGGAAACUUCUUUCAAAGACAUGAAGAAGACUCGCAAUCUCGAGUCUUACAUCCAGUGGUUCAACAGGCUCAGCUAUUUCGUUGCCACCCAAGUGUGCUCGAAUGUCAAGAAGAAGCAACGCAUCAAAGUCAUUGAAUACUGGAUCGAAGUGGCCCGAGAAUGUUUCAAUAUUGGCAAUUUCAAUUCGUUGAUGGCCAUCAUUGCCGGUCUCAACAUGUCGCCCGUUUCUCGUCUCAAGAAGACGUGGCACAAAGUUCAGUCGGCCAAGUUCUCCAUCCUGGAGCAUCAGAUGGAUCCGUCGUCGAAUUUCAGCAGCUACAGAUCGACCCUGAAGGCAGCCAUGUGGAGAUCGGCCGGUGCUAAGGACGAGCGCCAGCGAAUUGUCGUCCCCUUCUUUUCGCUACUUGUCAAGGAUCUCUAUUUCCUCAAUGAAGGAUGCGCCAAUCGGUUACCGAAUGGACACAUUAAUUUCGAGAAAUUCUGGCAGCUGGCCAAACAAGUAACAGAAUUCAUGACGUGGAAACAAGUGACUUGCCCGUUCGAAAAACACCCCAAAGUCAUUCAUUACCUGCAAACGGGAACCAUCCUCAGCGAAAAUGGUAUUGCUUUAUCGUCAUUCGAUUGCGAACCACCGGAAAACUCUAAUGAAAAAGAAAGGUUCAAAGCUUUAAAAUUGGCCGCCAUUCACGCAUAAUGUUGAAUAAGCGACCGUUAGAUGGCGUCGGCAUUCCCGUAUUUUGGUUUUUCCAAAACAGCAAACAACACCAUUUGAAAAAACAAA